CCUCCCCCCCCCAGGUCGUCGUUCGACCUCGACUACGACUUCCAGCGGGACUACUAUGACCGGUACCAGUAUAAACCAGUUCAGAGCGGGAUGUACAGCUACCCCGCCCGCGUGCCGCCGCCGCCGCCCAUCGCGCGCGCCGUGGUGCCGUCCAAGCGCCAGCGCGUCUCCGGCAACACCUCGCGGCGCGGCAAGAGCUUCAACAGCAAGUCCGGCCAGCGCGGCUCCUCCUCCAAGUCGGGAAAACUGAAAGGCGACGACCUGCAGAGCAUCAAGAAGGAGCUGGGGCAGAUCAAGGCCAAGGUGGACGCGCUGCUGGAGAGCCUGGAGCGGCUGGAGCGGGAGCAGAAGGCCAAGAGUGACAAGGCCGAGGAGGAGCAGGGCGGCAGCGGCUCCAAGAAGGACGAGGCCGGGGGGGCCAAGGCCGAGGGCGGCAACGAGGACUCGGCCGAGGAGGGCGACCUGCUGGACGACGAGGGGGACGAGGAGCGGGGCGACGAGCAGGUGGGGCCUGUGACCCCCAUGACCCCCCAGUUCAAACCAGUGACCCUCCCAGUAUGCACCAGUGACCUCCCAGUGACCUCCCAGUUCAAACCAGUUCACACCAGUGACCCCCCCAGUGACAACGAGGGGGACGAGGAGCGGGGCGACGAGCAGCUGGAGUCGCUGAAGGGGGACGAGAAGGAGGCGGAGGAGGGGGAGGACGACCGGGACAGCGCCAACGGCGAGGACGAGCCCUGAGCCCCUCCCCCCCCGGCCCCGCCCCCGCCCCGCCCCGCCCCCACCGUGCUCGUGCUGUCGUGGCUCCGCCCCUCCCCCCACAGCCCUCCGUAGUUCUGUCCCCGCCCCCUUUUCGUGGCCCCUCCCCCCAUCCCCUCACACGCGGCUCCUCCCCCUCCGAG